AUGUCUGAGAAACGCAAUCUCGAUAUUGAAGCAGGUCAUGAACCCUUGCAGGUCUCUAAGAAGCAAGAUUCGCGUGGUAUUGCUCACAUUAAACCAGAAUUUAUUGUCACGACCAGUGCCACCUCUAGCACAAACACUUAUGCCCCUCAGCAGGAAGAACCUGUCUCCGACCGUAUGGCUACUGGGAACAGUGGAGGCAAGAAAAAUAAGCAGAAGAAAAGAGGCCAAAACAAAAGCCGCAAUAUUAUCCAGAUAAAAGAGCAGUACCAAUUGUGUUCAAAGCUAGUAUUGGGCUCCGAAAACGGCCAAACCUGUUCCUUUGGAGAACAAUGCCGUUACGUGCAUGACAUAAACGAAUACCUGCAGCACAAAAAGCCAGAAAUCAAGAUCGAACAAUUUCAGAUCUGUCCUGUUUUCGAGACGCUUGGUCAUUGUCCUAUGGGGUUCAAAUGUAGGUUCUUAGCUUCACACUACGACCCAGAAGCUAAGAGUCUGCAACGCAAACCUGAGGAGGAAAUAAAGAAACUUUACGACGUAAACCACGAGGUUAAUUGUAUUACUCCCGACAAGAAGUUGGAUCUCAUCAAGAAAAGAUUUUCUUUUGAGAAGAGCGAUUAUAUACUUGAGAUUAUUGAUGCGAUUCAGCAGGAGUACAGAGACGGAUUGAAUGAGCUCAAUCAACGUGAAAAGGCUAGCAAAACUGGCGAAGACGAAACCACUGAGGCUGGAGAAGAGAAGCCUAAAGCGCCACAGGUUCUACAAAGAGAGCAAGAACUGCGAGAAAAGAGACAACGUCAAAAAGAUCUAUAUCUAGAGUUUAAGGAUACCAGAUAUUUCUCUCAAGAGAAAAAGCCCUUGGAUCUUAACAAUAAGAAAAUCGUCUCGCCAUUGACCACUGUGGGCAAUUUACCUUAUCGUCGUUUGAUGCGCAAGCUUGGUGCAGACGUCACAUAUUCUGAGAUGGCUCUUGCCGUACCUUUGAUUCAAGGCACAAACUCAGAGUGGGCUUUGCCUAAGGCCCAUAUUAGCGAAAUCCCUGGGUUCGGAGUGCAAAUAGCGUGUGCCAAAGCGUGGCAGGCGGCUAAAGCUGCAGAAGCAUUGACAUCUCAUGUUCAAGAUUUGAGUGAAAUCAAUUUGAAUUCAGGCUGUCCAAUCGAUCUACUAUACAGACAAGGAUCAGGGAGUGCACUCUUGGACAACCCUGCGAGAAUGAUUAGGUGUUUGAACAGUAUGAGUUACGUAUCUGGGGACGUACCUGUUACCGUCAAGAUUCGCACAGGUACCAAGGAUGGCCAUCCAAUGGCAGAGGGUUUGGUCCGUCGUCUAGUCAAUGAGACCGACGUUGCGGCGAUCACCUUGCAUGGGCGUACGAGACAGCAGCGGUAUACUAGAAGUGCAGACUGGGAUUAUGUUAAAAAAGUCUCAGCCACUUUGAGAGAAGCAGAGUCCGAAGUUGAGGAGAAACAGAAAGACAAAAGAGAAUCCAAGCUACGUAUUCAAUUUGUUGGUAACGGUGACGUCAACAACUUUGAGGACUGGUAUAAGUAUAUGGAGGACAAAAAUAUGGACAGUGUCAUGGUUGCAAGAGGAGCUUUGGUGAAGCCAUGGAUUUUUGAGGAAAUAGAAGCUCAGCAACAUUUGGACAAAAGCAGUCAAGAAAGAUUGGAAAUACUGAAGGACUAUGCAAGAUUUGCAAUGGAUCACUGGGGAACCGAUGAAUAUGGUAUUUCUCAAAGUCGUCGCUUCUUUUGUGAGUUCAUGUCCUUUUUCCAUAGGUAUGUGCCUUUGGGAAUAUGCGAGAGAUUUCCCGUUUUGCUCAACGAAAGACCACCAAAUUGGAAGGGCAGAGACGAUUUAGAGACUUUAAUGGGGAGUACCGACGCAAAUGAUUGGAUAAAAUUGAGUGAAAUGUUCUUCGGCAAGAUGGAUGAAAAUUUUGUGUUUUUGCCCAAGCACAAAAGCAACUCGUAUUCCAAUUAA